UUCUUUUGACAAUAAUAAGGAACGUGUUUAACCUCAACACUAGUUCCGUUCUGCGGUGAUUCUCGGCGCCAGAAAACCCAAACCUAAUGAUGAUUAACAUUAACAUUAUUCCUGCCUCGUCUUCUUCAAACUAAUACAAGUUUGCUGUUUCUCUUGUGAUUCUCCAAUGGAGGAAACUUCACAAAACUUCCUCUACGAAACCCUAAGCCCGCUCGCUUUAUCCUCCGCCAACCAAUCUCCGCCGCCCGAUGACCUCGAACCCUUCACCGUGUUCCGCAACGAGAUUUCCCUCUCCUCUCUCCCCUCCGCAUCGCCGGCAACCACCACGCAGGAUUUCUUCUCCCUCGAUGUCGGCGCCGACGGCUCCGACUCGGUCCCGGCGUCUCCGGCUCCGCCACGCCAGGCCGCCGAGCCGAAGACGCCGGCCCGGGAAGCCGAGCCGAGGCUCGAGAGCGGCUGGUUCCGCGGCAAUAGCAAAUUCAAGAGCCCAAUGCUUCAGCUUCAUAAAGAGAUAGUUGAUUUCUGCGAGUUUCUGUCUCCUACUCCGGAAGAGCAAGAUGCGCGAAAUGCAGCUAUUGAACGUGUCUUUGAUGUUAUCAAAUAUAUAUGGCCAAACUGUAAGGUAGAAGUUUUUGGAUCAUUCAAGACAGGGCUUUAUCUUCCGAGCAGUGACAUUGAUGUUGUGAUUUUGGGAGCAGGGAUCCCAAACCCGCAGCAAGGUUUGCAGGCUCUUUCUCGAGCAUUGUCACAGAGGAGCUUGGUGAAAAAGAUGCAGGUCAUUGCAAAGGCUCGUGUGCCGAUUAUUAAAUUUGUAGAAAAGAAAAGUGGUGUUGCAUUCGAUAUAAGUUUUGAUGUGCAGAAUGGACCAGUAGCUGCUGAGUUCAUAAAGGAUGUGGUAUCAAAAAUGCCUCCUUUACGGCCUCUGUGUUUAAUUUUAAAAGUUUUUUUACAGCAGAGGGAACUGAAUGAGGUGUACUCUGGCGGAUUAGGUUCUUAUGCCCUCCUUACCAUGCUCAUGGCAAUGUUGCAGAGCCUAAGGGAACCAGAGGGCAAUUUGGGAGUUAUUCUGGUAAACUUUUUUGAUUUUUAUGGACGCAAAUUGAACACCUCAGAUGUUGGUGUAUCUUGCAAUGGGGGAGGCACCUUUUUCUCGAAGAUUAGCAAAGGUUUUGCAACUCCAGGACGUCCUUUUCUUAUCUCUAUUCAGGAUCCACAGGCAUCAGAAAAUGACAUAGGGAAGAACUCCUUUAACUAUUUUCAGAUUAGAUCAGCGUUUUCAAUGGCCUUCACAACCUUGACAAAUCCUAGGAUCAUCAUGGACCUAGGCCCCAACAGGAGCAUUUUAGGUACCAUAAUUAGACCUGACGCAGUGUUGCUGGAACGCAAGGGAGGGUCUAACAGGCAAGUGACUUUUGAUAGCUUGCUUCCUGGAGCAGGGGAGCCAUUAAAUACCCAGUAUGGUCAGCAGGAGAUGUUGUGCAAUUGGCAACUGGAUGACGAAGAGCCCCUGCCACGGGGAGGUGAUCUUGCUGGAGAUCCUAGUGAGUAUUCCUCUGGAAAGAAGAGGAGAGCUUCUGCAAAAGAGAAGUCCGGUAAGAAAAAGGUAAAAGACAAUGGGGAUGUGGGCAGCGCAAGGCAUAGAGAAAAUGGCUACAAUGGGGAUGUGGGCAGCUCAAGGCAUAGAGAAAAUGGCUAUGGCUCUAGAAAAGAGAAGAUAAAGGAAAAACGUUUCCGACACAGCCACGGCAAUGCCAAUGGUUAUGGUCGCAGUGUGUCUCCAUGGAGUCGCUAGAAUCUUUUAUAUGCUACUUUAUUCCGUCUGCUCCACAAGCGUUGCCACCAUGCAUCCAUGAUCAACGAUGCUGCAUGAUGGCGGACGGGCUUUGAGGUUGUUUUCACUCUCUACGGGACCUGCUUUAUAGUUACGUGAUCAAGUCCACAUGUGAGUGAUCCCGUUUAACUUCUUGUACUGGAUAUGAACUUCGAGCGCUUCUGAUACUAUGUUAUCGUAUUUAACAGAGUAAUUAUAUACCAGUUUUGACAUGUCAAGUUUGGAAUGUAUCACAGAUCAAUUUUUUUAUUGUGUUAUUUAUUCUUCGUAGUUAUAGGAUCUUUUUCAGAUUAUUUUUUCUUAGUGGUUGAAUAGAAUUGUUUAAUGAUUAAUGAUAUUUCUUUGGUGCUUUCAUGUAUUAUAAUUUCUACGUCUCCAGAAUACUUGACUUUUGUAACCGUAUACACAAGACUGGUUAAU